CUAGCGAUUUGUAAAAUCUGUGAAUUAUCCUUUGAAACGGAGCAAGUUCUUUUGCAACAUAUGAAGGACAAUCAUAAGCCAGGUGAAAUGCCGUAUGUUUGCCAGGUAUGCAACUACAGAUCCUCAGCUUUUUCAGAUGUAGAAACACAUUUUAGAACGGUUCAUGAAAAUACAAAACAUCUGCUAUGCCCAUUUUGCCUCAAAGUAAUUAAGAUUGGGGCACCAUAUAUGCAUCAUUACAUGAGGCAUCAGAAAAAAGGAAUAUACCGUUGCACUAAGUGCAGACUGCAGUUUUUGACGUGCAAAGAAAAAAUGGAUCACAAGACUCAGCAUCACCGAACAUUUAGGAAACCCAAACAGUUAGAAGGAUUGCCUCCUGGAACAAAGGUGACUAUUCGAGCGUCUUUUGGAUCUCUUCUAUCGGGAUCAUCCGCUACAUCUUCUGUUAGUACAAGCACCUCCACGUUUCAGUUAUCACCCAAAGCUAAAAAUGCAACCACUAAAAAUCAUAACAAAUCUAAUACAAAUAAGUCAAGAGCAAAAUCAAAAGCAACUACAUCGAAGAAGCAAAAUGCAUGGACUAACAGCAAAAAAAAAAAAGAGAUUACAAAUACAGCAUUGCAUAAUCUAAGGUGUCGUUUGGGAGCUCACAAAUGCAUUGAGUGUUACUCAGAAAUAAAAGAUUUUGCAAGCCAUUUUCCUGCUUAUGUCCACUGUAGCUUAUGCAGAUACAACACCAGCUGUAGCAAAGCCUAUGUGAAUCACAUGAUGAGUUUUCACAGUGCUCGUCCAAGUAAAAGGUUUUGGAUCUAUAAGAAGCAUUCAGAAGAGCUACGAGGUGUGACUGUAGUCUGUCUUAACUGUGAUUUCCUGACUGAUGUUUCUGGCUUAGAUAGCAUGGCUUCGCACCUGAGUGAAAGCGACACUCAUACUUGUCAAGUUAUUAUAGAGAAAGUUUCUGUAGAUAUCCCAACUGCUGAACAAGUAUCUGAGUUAAAGACCAAAGUCUCCAUUACAGAGAGAGAAGCUAAGUUGGAGAAAAUUUCAAGACCUAGUAUAUCUGAAGGAAAAACAGAAACACCAGCUUUUGAAAGCAAACAAGAGCAUGACUCUUCAGAGGAAACAAAGGAAUGCAAUAGAAAUCCAACUAAAAAAGUUGCAUCAGUUGAAAAGAACGAAGAAAACUCAUCAUCGUCAAAUACGGGAAAAGUUCCUGGUUUGGAACUCCCUGACAACAGCUCAAAGAAUUCUUUGCAUGAGAGAGAAGCAUGUUGUGAUUCGGAUAAUAACAAACAAUUAGUAGAUGAGAAACAAAAGUGUAUUAAUGAUGAAAGCGAGUCAAAAACUUGCCGAAGUCCAGAUAAUGUUACCUUGAAGGAGCAAACUAAAGUAUAUAGCUUGGAUGAAACUGCGCUUUCAGCAAUGAAUGCAAGGGACUUAAAACUGACUUUGGGUGAAGAUGUCAGUUUUGAGCAGUUCCUGAGAAGACGAGAUGAACCGGAAUCCGUUAGUUCAGACAUCAGCGAACAAGGCAGUAUUCAUUUGGAGCCUUUGACUCCAUCAGAGGUACUAGAGCAUGAAGCUACUGAAAUUCUUCAAAAAGGUAAUGUUGCACCUUCGUCAAAGAAAGCUGGACAGCUCGCUGAACAGGCAGACGAGACUUCUAAAGAAAGCAGUCCCAGCAGAAUGGAAACAACUGUAAACAAGACAGAUGACAGCGAAGCGAGCUGA